AUGGCUGGAGUAAUUUCAUCUGGUUCUGUCAAUAUUGGUUCAUCUCAUAUCCCAUUUUUAACUGGUGAUAAUUAUUUGGAUUGGAAGGAGAAAAUCCUUCUAACAUUGGGGUGUAUGGACAUUGAUUUGGCACUUCGUGUGGAUGAACCACCCAUCCCCACGGAAUCAAGUACGCUAAGUGAAAGGGCUUCUUAUGAGAGGUGUGAGCGAUCAAAUCGCUUAAGUAUAUGUCUCAUUAAAUGUUAUAUUGGGAAAAACAUAAGGAGUUCAAUUCCUGAAUGUACUAAGGCAAAAGAAAACAUGACAGCAAUUGAACAACAGUUUGUAAGUUCCGAUAAAGCAUUGAUUAGCACCCUAAUGACCAAAUUAUCAUCAAUGAAGCAUAUGGGUGAUAAAGGGGUCCGUGAACAUAUUAUGGAAAUGAGAGAUAUAGCUGCCCAAAUGAACUCAUUGGAGUUUACCUUUUCAGAGACAUUCCUUGUCCAGUUUAUACUCAACUCCCUGCUUGCUGAAUAUGGGCCAUUCAAGAUUUCUUAUAACACACAUAAGUAA